AUGUGCAAGAUUUUUGCUAUAAGUCUUAAGGGAGCAGCUCUUACUUGGUUUGACAGUCUCAAACCAGAAUCGAUUCACUCCUUCAAAGAGCUGGUGAACCAUUUUGGUGCACAUUUUGCUUCUAGCAUGAAAGUGAAAAGAGAAGCAAAUCAUCUUUUCACCAUCACUCAAGGAAGAAAUGAAUCUUUGAAAGCUUGCACGCAAAGAUUCAAUAAGGAGAAAGUCAGCAUCUUAGAUUGCAAUGAGUCGAUCGCAAUUGAAGCAUUCAGGAAAGGGCUACUAAGAGAGAAUCAUUUGUACGAGUCACUCACAAAAAGGCUUCCUGAAAUGAUGUUAGAAGUCAUGUCUCAGGCGGUGAAGUACAUCAACCUGGAAGAAGAUCGAAAGAUGGAAAAAAGAGAUACAGCCAGAAACAUCAAGAAAGACAAACUCAUUAUAGAGGUAAAUAGGACUAUACCUCAGCAGAAGCUCGUUCGACCCCUUCGGCCUCAGACAAAAGUAACAAAGGCCGACAGAAGAAAACAAGAUGAGAUUAGUGAUCCUUUUAAAUACUAUUCUCUUAUGAUCUCCCUUAAACAGUGCAGGCAGUUGAAGUGGGAAAUCAAAGCAUUAAUCAAAAGAGGGCUUUUGAAAGAGUUCAUACCAAAAGGGAAAAAGCCAGACAUAGAGGAAGAAGAACCUCAGAACAAAUAUGAUAACAUCAUAAAUAGCAUACAUGGUGAUUUUGCUUGUGGAGGAGCCUUGAUGAGAGAAAGAGAAAAACAUAUCAAGUUAGCACAAGUAAUAUCGGUAAGUACCCCUAACCAAAAAAAUCCUAAGUUAGAAUCGACCCCUUUGAUUGUAUUCUCAGAUCAUGACAUGAAGGGAUUGCACAUGCCACAUGAUGACGCAUUGAUCAUCAAGACGGAUAUAGUAAACAAAUGGAUCUUAAGGAUCCUAGUAGAUAGUGGUAACUCGAUCAAUGUCAGUUUCUUGUCAAUGCUAAACAAAAUGAAGUGGAAUAGUGACAAUAUAGAGAAAUUCAAUGCCAUGAAUCUUGUGAGAUUCAAUGGCGAGACAAGCCGAGUUAUGGGAAAGAUAAUCGUACCCAUCCUGACAAAGGUUAUGAAAUUCCUCAUUGGAGAUCAAGUUGUGAUCGUGAAGAAUGACCAAAAGGUGAAGCAGCUGCUUGGAAGAUUUGAAGAAGCCGAAAUAAAACAACUGCCAAGAGAUGAAAAUAGUCAUGCAGAUGCUUUGGCAAACAUAGCUUCCUCAAUCAAGUUUGAUCAGAAAAGGACCAUCCUAAUAGGAUAUCUUCCAAGUAAAAGUAUAGCUGAAGAAGAAAACCUCUCGGUUCACGAACAAGUCGAUGAGGAAAGUUGGAUGACUCCAAUUAUAGAGUACAUAAACAAUGGCAUUCAGCCAUCGGACAAGUCUGAAGCAAGGAAAUUGAGAAUUAAGUAA